AUGAAUGAAACUAGUAAAGAAUAUGAUUCUAUCUAUGAUUGCAUAUAUGAUUAUGAUGAAUUAAUAAAUACUGUUAACAAUGAUAGCUUAGUAAAUUCUAAUACUCAAAAUAAAUCACCAUAUCCAUGCAUAAAUCAAAAUAAAGACCCAAGUAAUGAUCAAACAAAAAUAUCCCCAAAAAAUGAAAAACAAGGCGAACCGAAUUUAAUUACAGAUUAUACAUUAUCAAACACUUUAAACGACAUUGAUACACAUAAAAAUAAUCAAAAAGUUGAAAAUAUUAAAAAGGGAGAAUUGGGGGCUCUUUGCAAAGAUGAAACACCAACAGACAAAGGUUCUUUAUUAAUCUCAAAAAAUAGCAUAAAUUGUAAUACCCGUAAUAGUGAUACUAAUAAAAUUUUAGAAAACGAUCACAAUAGUAAAUCAAGCGAAUUAAAUAAGAACAUUACUAACUCGAAUGAAAAAAAUUCAAUAAAUAAUUCUGUGCAUAUAAAUGAUGACUCAAAUAUUAUAAAAAAUAUUCACGAUGAAAUAGAUAAUAUAUAUGAAAAAGAAAUUAAUAACAAUAUAAAAAUCAUUGAAGAAACCAAAGAUGCUAAACCAAAUCUUUUAUUUCAAAGCUCAAAGGAAAUUGUAUCGUCACCCCAUGAGCUUGGUUUUAUAAUUUUAGAGAAUCCAUGUGAACAAAUAAAAAAAAACGAAGGAUCAUUAAGUAAAGAAUAUAAAAGUGAGUGCUAUCGAAAGAAAAAAAAUGAAAAUGGAUAUGAGCAAGAACAAAUUGAUAAAAACAACAUAAAUAGUAAUAAACAAAAUGAAUACAAUACAACUGAUAAUAAAAAUGGCUCAUAUCAAAAUAAUGAGAAAAAAGAAACGCCGAGUAAUAAUACCUCACAACAAAAUGAUUGCAAUAGAAGUACAUUUGAAUGCAAUAUAUGUUUUGAUGAUGUAAGAGAUCCUGUUGUUACUAGAUGUGGCCAUUUAUUUUGUUGGUUUUGUCUUUCUGCGUGGAUUAAAAAAAAUAAUGAUUGCCCCAUAUGCAAAGCAGAAGUAACCAAAGAAAAUGUAAUACCUUUGUACGGUAGAGGGCAAAGUAGUAGUGAUCAUAAAUAUUCAACUACUGAAGAACCUAGACCUACACCUAAAAGAAAAGAAAAUGUUCGAAGAAAUAACGACUAUUCUAAUAAUUUAGGAUUAAGAGCUUCUUUUGGUGUAUGGGCCAAUCCGUUUUCUUUUGGAAUGUCAUAUACAAACAUGUCUGACCAAUCCCAUUUUUAUAACAAUAGAAAUGAUAAUUUAAGGCCCCAAAUGGAUGCAUUUCAUGUUGAAGCUGCUUCAUCGUGUUUCUUUUUUUUAGGAUUUUUUUUGUCUUUAUACAUUUUGUUUUAUUCGUCUUAG